UCUCUGAGAGUCAGAAGGAGGAGGAGGAGGUGGAUGGUAAGAACGAGGAGCAGAGGAGGCGCGCCAUAGAGGGAGUGCUGGACAUCACAAAGCUCUGCCUGAUGGAGAUGAACCAGGAGGAACUAGCCUACAAGCUGGGGAGUGGAGCUGUCACUGUCCAGUGCCAACAUAUACUCAAGUCUCAUCUGAAGAAGAAGUUCCAGUGUGUGUUUGAGGGAAUCGCUGGAGCAGGAAAGCAGAGACCUCUGAAUGAGAUCUACACAGAGCUCUUCAUCACAGAGAGAGGCAGUGGAGAGGUCAACAAGGAACAUGAGGUCAGACUGAUUGAAAAGGCUUCGCGGAAGCCAGCCAAUGAGGAAACACCAAUCAGAUGUGAAGACAUAUUUAAACCCUUACCUGCCCAAGAUAAACCAAUCAGAACAAUAAUGACAACCGGAGUGGCCGGCAUUGGUAAAACCGUCUUAACACACAAGUUCACUCUGGACUGGGCUGAAGGUAAAGCCAACCAUGACAUAGACUUCACAUUUCUUCUCACUUUCAGAGAGCUGAAUUUACUGAAAGGGAAAGAGUUUAGCUUAGUGGAACUUCUUCAUCAGUUUUCUGUUGAAAACAAAGAAGCAGGAAUCUACAGAUACAACCAUGACCAAGUAGUCUUCAUCUUGGAUGGUCUGGAUGAGUGUAGACUUGCUCUGGACUUCCAGAACAACCCCAUCUGGACUGAUGUCACCGAGCCGACCUCAGUGGACGUGCUGCUGACAAACAUCAUCAGGGGAGUCCUGCUUCCCUCUGCUCGCAUCUGGAUAACCACACGCCCUGCGGCAGCCAAUCAGAUCCCUGCUGAGUGUGUUGACAUGGUGACAGAGGUGAGAGGGUUCAACGACCCACAGAAGGAGGAGUACUUCAGGAAGAGAUUCAGAGAGGGGACACUGGCCAGCACAAUCAUCUCUCAUGUCAAGAAAUCUCGAAGCCUCCACAUCAUGUGUCACAUCCCAGUCUUCUGUUGGAUCACUGCUACAGUUCUGGAGGACUUCUUCAAAACAUCCCAGAUAGGAGAAGAGGUGCCCAAGACCGUGACUCAGAUGUACAGCCACUUCCUGAGGGUUCAGUCCAUACAGGGGGACAGGAAAUAUCGUGGGAGAGCUGAAACAGAUCCACGCUGGAGUUCAGAGAGCAAGGAGAUCAUUGUUUCUCUGGGGAAACUGGCUUUUAACCAGCUGGAGAAAGGCAACCUGAUCUUCUACGAGGCGGACUUGGCAGAGUGUGGCAUUGAUAUCAGAGCAGCCUCAGUGUACUCAGGAGUGUUCACCCAGGUCUUUAAAGAGGAGUGUGGGCUGUACCAGGACAUUGUGUUCUGUUUUGUCCAUCUGAGCAUCCAGGAGUUUCUGGCUGCCCUCUAUGUAUUUCUGUCCUACAUCAACACUGGUGUCAAUCUUCUCUCAGAAGAACAGCCAACCUCCAGGGAAGAUGAACUCAUCCUCCUCUACCAGAGUGCUGUGGACAAGGCCUUACAGAGUGAGAACGGACACCUGGACCUGUUCCUCCGCUUCCUCCUGGGCCUCUCUCUAGAGACCAAUCAGAUUCUCCUACAAGAUCUGCUGGGACUAAGAGGAAAUACAUUACUGGGCAAUCUAACCAAAAAAGUUCUGCUGGGACAGUUCGGAAGAAGGUCAUGGAGCAAUACCCAAAUAGUCCUUUACAUCAAGGGGAAGAUAGGUGGAGAUCUCUCUAAAGCGAGAAGCAUCAAUCUGUUCCACUGUCUGAAUGAGUUGAACGACAAUUCUCUAGUGGAGGAGAUCCAACUGUACCUGACAUCAGGAAGACUCUCCACAGAAUCUCUCUCCUCUGCUCAGUGGUCAGCUCUGGUCUUCAUCUUACUGACAUCAGAAGAGGAGCAGGACGUGUUUUACCUGAAGAAAUACUCUGCUUCUGAGGAGGGACUUCUGGGGUUGCUGCCAGUGAUCAAAGCCUCCAAAACAUCUCUGCUGAAUGACUGUAAGCUGUCAGAGAGAUGCUGUGAAGCUCUGGCCUCAGUUCUCAGCUCCAAAUCCUCCAGUCUGAGAGAGCUGGACCUGAGUUCAAAUGAUCUGCAGGAUUCAGGAGUGAAGCUGCUCUCUGCUGGACUGGGGAGUCCACACUGUACACUGGAAACUCUCAGGCUGAUUGGCUGCCAUCUGUCAGAAGACUGCUGUGAAGCUCUGGCCUCAGCUCUCAGCUCCAACUCCUCUAGUCUGAGAGAGCUGGACCUGAGUUCCAAUGAUCUGAAGGAUUCAGGAGUGAAGCUGCUCUCUGCUGGACUGGGGAGUCCACACUGUACACUGGAAACUCUCAGGUUGUCUGGCUGCCUGGUCACACAGGAAGGCUGUGCUUCUCUGGCCUCCGCUCUGAGCUCCAACCCCUCCCAUCUGAGAGAGCUGGACCUGAGCUACAAUCAUCCAGGAGACUCAGGAGCUGCGCUGCUCUCUGCUGGACUGGAGGAUCCACGCUGGAGACUGGACACUCUCAGUGUGGAACACGGUGGAGUAUGGAGGCUGAAACCAGCUCUAAAGAAGCAUGCCUGUGAACUCACAAUGGACCCAAACACAGCCCACAGACGAUUCUCUCUGUCUGAGGACAACAGAAAGGUGACGCGGGUUGAAGAGGACCAGUCGUAUCCGGAUCAUCCAGAGAGAUUUAACAUCUGUGACCAGGUGUUGUGUAGAGAGGGUCUGACUGGCCGCUGUUACUGGGAGGUAGAGAGAGAAGAAGUUGUUUAUAUAGGAGUGACAUACAGAGGAAUCUCAAAGAGAGGAGUUGGUAUGGAUAGCUGGCUUGGAUCGAACAACAGGUCCUGGGUUCUUGUUUGUGAUAAUGAACAUUACGGUGCCCGUCACAACGGUAGUCUCACAACCAUACGUCUCCCCCCCGCUGGCUCUAAAAGAGUAGGGGUGUAUCUGGACCGGCCUGCUGGCACUCUGUCCUUCUACAGAGUGUCCUCAGAUGGAGGAGGGUCCUCAGACACACUGACACUCAUCCACACCUUCCAGUCCACCUUCAGCCAGGAGGACCUCCACCCUGGGUUUGGGUUACGUAAGACUGGUUCCUCAGUGGCUCUGUGUCCAUUGUAGUUACACACGCGCACGCACGCGCGCGCGUGCGUAUAAACAGACACACACACAUACACACACACAUACAUGGACACUUCAUUCAUUAAUCUAUAAACACACACACACACACACACAUCGUUCAUGGAUUUAAACCCACAGCAGGUCUGUGUGCCGGUGGUAAGCAGCAGGUAACAUCAGUGUCUCUCGUGGUUCAUCUCUCAGCCCUCUCUGUGUUCAGCUGGGCUGCUGAGCGUCAGAUUAGAGGGGGCCGCUUGGGUCUGGGGGGUCCUCGCAGUCCUGACGUUGUUGAGAACCAGCUGUUAGGGGGACGUUUGAAUACCUGUGGACCCAUGGACGUACCUGUAGUGCAUCGGGUUGUUGAGCAGCGGCUUUUGAAAGUUUCAGAAUAAACCAUGAAAGGAAGAUCUUCCUUUGGGUUAAGCAGGUUGUACAUAGAUUUACUUCAAAAUGUUAAAUGUGUUUUAAAUGUUGAUUGAUGAUGAAUAAAUAUAAAAACAUAAUUCAAUAUUUGUAUAUUAUCAGACAUUAAUAGUUUCCUAAUAAAUGGCUCUGAAAUGUAUAUUAACUUUGAUAAGCCUAACACAGCAGAUGUAAUAUACUCAUAAUGCAAGUGGUCGAUGGGAAAAGCUUAUGAUGUCCAUGUUGUGAAUGACUGUGAAUGAAUGUUGGUAACAGUACAGCAACAGGACAGUUAUUAAAGAUAUGUGCCCCUGUUUAUGAUUUAUAUUUACUCCACUGUACUCCAAAUGCUGCAUUUUAUUGGCCUUCUGAAAGGUUCAGAAUGAUAAACCAUGAAAGGAUCUUCCAUUGGGUUAAGCAGGUUGUACAAAGAUUGAAUUCUGAAAUGUUGAUUGAUGGUACAUUAUUUUACUAAUAUUUUACAUAUUUUCAACUCUAUCAAAGGAAUCCAAUAUCAGUUUGUAUUUUGCCAUGCUUGACAUGGAACCUGAUUUAAAACAGAUUUAACAACUUAAGCAUAAAUGAUGAGUGUUCUAUGGGAAAGGGUUAAGAUGUCCAUGUUCAUGUUGUGAAUGACUUUAAACUGAAGCUAGAUUAUUUGUGUUCUGUUGGGAACAACAAGUCAACAUGUUCAGUUAUUAAAGAUACCUGUUUAUGAUUUUAAUUGUUCAUCAAGCAUAAUGUUAAUAAACAACUCAGUGGAUCAACUGAA